AUGGAUCCAGUAAAGCUUCCAGAACCAUUCGCAAGUAUCCCGAAAGCUGAUUUCCUGUUCGGACCAUCACCUAUCCACCAACUUCCACGGAUCUCAGAAGCUUUAGGGGGGAAGGUUGAGAUAUGGGCUAAGCGAGAGGAUUGUAAUUCUGGGAUUGCUUUUGGUGGGAAUAAGACACGGAAGCUGGAAUAUCUCAUCCCCGAAGCCCUCGAACAAGGAUGCGAUACUCUCGUUAGCAUCGGCGGAGUACAAUCCAACCACACCCGCCAAGUAGCUGGUAUAGCUGCCAAACUCGGCCUCAAAGCCAAACUCGUCCAAGAACACUGGGUAGACAUCACCAACCCCAUCUACUCAAAAGUAGGCAACAUCCAACUCACCCGCCUCAUGGGCGCCUCACCCAUCCUGGACCCCUCCCCCUUCGGCAUCGAACACAAACCCACACUCGCAUCUCUCACCGACUCCGUCCUCGCCGCCGGCGGGAAACCCUAUCCCAUCCCCGCCGGCGCCUCCGACCACCCCCUCGGCGGUCUCGGCUUCGCACGCUGGGCCUUCGAAGUCCGACAGCAGGAACUCGCGCUCGACGUCUUUUUCGAUACGAUCAUCGUGUGCGCCGUCACGGGCAGCACAUUCGCGGGCAUGAUCGCAGGCUUUAAACUGCUCGAGCUCAAACACAACUGCCCGAAACGGCGCAUUAUCGGUAUCGACGCGUCCGCCAAACCAGCCGCGACGCGUGCGCAGGUGUUGCGCAUUGCGAAGUUCACGGCGGCGAAAAUUGGGUUAAGCGAGCAGGAUGUAACGGAAGCGGAUGUGGAGCUCGAUGAGAGGUAUCAUGAUGGUGUGUAUGGGAUUGCCGGGGAGGGGACGGUGCAGGCGAUGAGGUUUGGCGCGGAGACGGAGGGGUUUAUCACGGAUCCGGUUUAUGAGGGGAAGAGUCUGGCGGGGUUAGUGGAUUUAGUUAAAAGGGGAGAAAUCAAAGGGGGGAGGGUGCUGUAUGCGCAUUUGGGGGGUCAGGUGGCUUUGAGUGCUUAUUCGGAUGUUUUUUGA